CUGUUUCAAGCCCCUCCAGCUCUGUUGCAGAAACUUUCUCCCCCACACGCAGCGUUGAAGAGGGAGGAGCUGGAAGAGGGAGGCUGAGCUGCUCACAGGGAGGGUUUAUAGGAAGGCAGACAAAGGGGCUGGACCUGCAAAGAGGCUGGAGAGAGACGGCAGGCAGAAAGAGAGGCAGGGCUGACACACAGACACAGAGACUGGGGCAGAAGGACUAAGGCAGGCACAGACACUGGGGCAUUUACAUUUACUCUCCAUGCCAGACAACAGCACUUCAGCAUCUCCAGUGGAUUUCUUGAUGCAGUAGAACCCACGCUGGUUCACUGGGGACAGCACGGACUAUCAGAAGGGUGCAUGUUAUAAAGACGAGUUCUCCAGCCCUGCUCAGCCACCGGGGCAGCUUUCUAAUAUGAGAAGAGACGGGAGGGAGAGAGGACACGAGCACAGGCACCCCCUGCUUUGCCUUGCUGAAUAGAGACUAGCUGUGCACCAUGGUUCAGCAAAGAAAUCAGAAAUACCCAACCAUGAUGAAAAGAGAUUUUAUCCAGGACGCCUGUGCAGGGCUGGGCAGUGAGGAGGGGGAUGAUGUCUUCGGAAGCGUUCCCCCAAAUAAGGAUCCCAACUGGUGCAAAACCCCCAGCGGCCACAUCAAGAGACCCAUGAACACCUUCAUGGUGUGGUCACAGAUCGAGAGGCGGAAGAUCAUGGAGCAGUGGCCAGACAUGCACAACGCAGAGAUCUCCAAACGACUGGGAAAGAGGUGGAAGCAGCUCCCGGACUACGAGAAGAUUCCCUUUAUCAAGGAGGCGGAGAGGCUGAGGCUGAAGCACAUGGCCGACUACCCUGACUACAAAUACCGACCCAGGAAAAAGAGCAAGUCUUCCGGACCCUCCAAGACCAGCGAGAAGAUGCCCUUGAAGGGCAAGCCGUACCCAAGCCGAGCAAACGCCGGCAAGGUGCUGAAAAUCAAAACCACUGCUGCCAAACACAAAUCCAGCAACCCCCUUGGCAAUAAUAAGUACAAGAGCUUUGACAUGGAUACAAGCGAGGACGACAGUUUGGAUGUUAAGCUGCAGAGCCCCGCUGGGCUCAAUGACAAUCAGGACACCCUGACCCCGGAGCUCCACUCCUAUCACCAGCAGAUCAGCCAGCCAGAGCCAGACAAGGCAGCACCUGCGCAGCCUCAGAUUCCUGUUUCUCCACCCGUCAUCCUUGUCCCCUCGUCAUCAGAUGCCAGAGCAGUGAAGUAUGCGGGUCAGGUCUCUCCUGACCCCAAGCUGACGGAGCACAGGCAGUCAGUGUCCGGCAGGUCCUCCACGCCGGACUCCACCAGUUCAUCCUCCUCUCGCGCCGCGUCGCCUGCUUCUUCGGAUGAGGAGCUAGAGGAGGAGAUCCUGCAUAUCAUUUCUAACGCAGGCAUCGGCAGCGCACCCCCAGAGUGCUCUUCCUUGGACAAGGAUUUCGACGUAUUCCAUGCAAACUCAGGAUCCCACUUUGACUUUCCAGACUACUGCACUCCAGAGGUGAACGAGAUGAUAUCCGGUGACAUGUUAGGACCCAGUAUCUCUGACUUGGUGUUCACUUACUGAACCUUACCUGUCUAUUAAUAUUAUAACAGUAAUAUUCAGCGGUCACGGCACCGCCAUAGAUGGCUGUUGCACUCUGGUACGGUGCGCUACUUCCUCAAUGAGUCCCGUAAGUGCUAUUGAUUUCAUGACACAAAUUGCCAGCUUUAAUUAUGACAACACAGGCUUCUGAAAAAAAGAAGUCAUUGAUGACAUGUAAAGAUAAGGAAAAAGUAUUUCCAAGUUCAAGCUUUGUGUGAACCGUAUACAGUGAUGUAAAGGGGAAUUGAAUCCAUAGUUACAGUGAACUCAAUUUGAAGCCUACUUUCUUUUUAACAUACACAUGCAUUGCUGUUUUGGUGUAAGUACAUGUAUAGCACAUGCUCUGUGCUCUUAAAGGGAAAACCAUUUCCCAUGCUCUUAAAGAAAACAUUUGCUAAUAUCCUCACAAACAUUCAGUGGAGUACUUCUCAAGGAUGAACAGCAGUGAACCAGCAUUUUCAUAAAAGGGGAUUUCAGGGUUACUCUCCUCAGACAGAAUGCUAAAUUCAAAUACAACUGAAGAAGGAGGAGAGCUCGCCUAUUUUCAAGUUUGCAAAGCUGAUAAAAAAUUAAAAAUGUAGGGUAACACUUAAGCAAUGAUAAUACAUAUAUAAACAUGUUUAAAAACAACCAGGGACUAAUAAUGAAAUCGAAAUACUGUGUUCCACCCACCUAAAAGAAAGCAUUAUAACAAACGUUGGUUUUGCUUUGUAGCCUGACAAAAGCUUUGCAGAAAGGGAAGUGAUUACAUUCAAAUCGUUCUAAACGGCAGUCUGCCUGUUAAUGUAAUCGUUAUAAACCUUUAUCAGGCUGUUUAUAGAUGCGUAUCGCUCUAUCCAUAAACCAAACUGUGUCUGGGCGACGACAGCUGUCAGUUUGGACUCUCCGCGGUUCUGUCAGAAUGGUCUGCGAGUCUAGUUAAGCAGAGCGAGAGAGGGAGGUCGCCUUUGUGCGCAGAGCCUGCCCUCCACGCUCCUGUCUGUCUCCUCAGAGACGCUGCUAAAAUGCAUGUCGUGUCUGCAGUCUAGCUUCAGUUGCAUGCUCAUCUGUGAAUAGAGAGAAAUCUGCAGGCUGCCAGCUGUCCCCAUUGACUCGGUCUUGUUCUCUCAGGAAUCAAUCUCCUGGGUCCUAGCGCCCUAUUGAUAACACUCCGUCUGGUGGAUGGGCAAUGGUGAAGGGAAGAGGACAGCUGCUCUCUUCACUGCACACAAGGAAACGGGCCCGGUUUUCUCGAGUAUACAAAUCUGAGCAACUAAAAAAUCAAGCUUGAAGACUAAACAGUUACAAAACUGAAGCUCUACUGAGCAUGGGCAUCAAGGAAUAGUGAUGCAUGUGGAUCUUAGAUAAAAGAGACUAGACUAGCCAAUGCUGCAAACAAUUAUUAUUAUUAUUAUUAUUAUUAUUAUUAUUA